AGCGCAGGUUUUAGUGAGAGCAGGAAUAGCUACUGAGAGGGAGUCACGAACUGCUGAGGCACCAAAACACUAAAGAUGUCAAUUCCCAGUGAAAAGCUGUACAAUGGAUAUCUGCGGCGAAAUAUGCCGACCAUCGUGACCAAGGUGAAAGUGAGAGAGAUAGUGAACCAUCUAACCUGCCUGACUUCUCACGACAGGGAGAUAAUUGAGGCAAAGAGAGAGACUUGUGGGAACUAUGACAGCAUGGUGGUUCUGCUGGACUGUCUGAAGAGGAGGGAAAACUGGCCGGAGCAGUUCAUCGAAGCACUCGAGGCGUGUGAGCAGCCGACUCUGGCAGCCGAGAUCAGAGCGGAGUACGACGCUCUGAAAGACGGCAACAAUUCCAGCCCCAGCUCCCCUCCAACCACUGUCGUCAGGGCUCACGUCCAUCCAGCACCAUCUGCCGGUCAUGUGUCCGUCCCAGAGAGCGGAGCCAGCGGUCCGGCUGCUGCUGCUCCUCCAGCUGGAGCGUCGGCUCCGUCAGAGCCAGCUGCUCCGGCCUCGCCCCCUCUGGAAACCCCUGUGAGUCCGCAAGACCCCCAGAGCUCAGCAGCUCAACUUCCCGAAGUCGAUUCCCCUCCUGAGCCCGUCCCCGAGCCUCCGCGGCCCGCUCAGGUUGAAGUGACACCUCCUCCAUCAACACCUCCUCCUUCUCCUGCCUCUACAACCCCACCUCCUCAGAGGGAGGUGAACUCUCACCAGGAGCCGGAGGAAAACUCUGAAUCAGACGUCCAGGACGUCUGUGGAGACGAUGCUGUGAUCCCUGAUCAGACGAGCGCAGCAAACCAGGUAUCGAUCGGCUCCGAGGACGCUCCUCCACCAUCGUGUCCUGCCGGGCCGCGUGAGACAGACGCUCCGUCCCCAGAUCGUCCCCACACAACAACGACCUCCACAGAGGUCAGACCACCACAGAGUCCCUCUCCUGCUCACAUCAACUCAGAUGUGACCGAUGGAUCCUCUUUCCUCACCCUGACCCCAAAGAGGCCUCCAGUCCAGGACACCAGCCCUCCUGUGGACGUCAAACCUGCUGCUGUCCUGCAGCCUGAGGAGACGUCUGAACCUCCUGCUGCACAGGUUGUUGAAAGCAGCCUGCAGACAGAAACUGAAGCUCCGGCCUCCCCGCUGCCUGCUGCUGCCGACAACGACGUCUCUGUCUCUGAUGACAUCACUGCGUCUCUGAGCAAACCUGACGAACUCAUCAGCGUCCACUCACAAAGUAAUGGCGGCCCGAAUAUCCCUGCCCCCGACUCGCCGGUGCAGCCCUGCUCUGUUAACAGUGAGCUGCUGGAAAUAAACGACGCUGCACCGGACGAUGUGACCUCUGCUGACCUUCCUGCGUGCUCUGCUGUCACUACAGCGUCUGCACCGUCGUGCCAGGAGAACGGCAUCGCCGUUAACCACAGCGAACCGGAGGAAAACCGGUCUCCCCGUCAUGUGGUGCACGUAUCCGGGGAGCCGUCUAUCAUGAAUCUAGACGGCCAAAUCUCAACUCCACAAGUUCAAAUCGUCAACGGCGAAGCAGCCAAAGAGAUCACCUCCGCACCGCCGCUAUCCAACAACGCUGCUGAUUGUGUUGUGAAUGUGAACGCCGCCUCCAGCGAGAACCACCUCCCCUCUGAGCCUGCGCCCGCUGAGCCGAAGACUCUGCAGGAUUCACAGGAGAAGAUGGCCUCUCGCACCCUGCCGGCUAAUACAAAGUACAUUCUGACGGCUGCAGGAGUGGGCGCCUGUGCACUGCUGAUGGCGUGGAGGUUUAAGAAUUAAGGGGAUUUAAUACCUUUUAAAAGGAAGAGAAGAUUAGGCUUUAAGGCUUUUAAAAAGAGGAUCUUAAGGUUAUGGUGCCUUAUUGUAGUCACUGGACUGGGAUGGCGUGAGGCAGCUGUUUAAUAAUUACCUGCGGUAAUAAUAGCUGACUGCCAGACCUUUGAUCAUGUCAUUAAUACAAGUAUGUUGUUCAGUCGGACUGUUUGAUCACUUAAUUGUUGAAGGAAGUUAACCUUAGUGAACCAAAUCUGCCCUGCUUAUAUUUCAGUUAAAGAACUUCAUGGUACUGGGCUGAGAUCUCAGGUUAUUUAUGCACGUGUUGCAAAAUAUAAAGAUUGAGAAAAUGCACUGAUGCCGUGUAAUAAUGACAGAAAUGUUUGUAUGUCUGAUAAGCACUUUCAAAAUAAGACUGUUGGCUGUCACUGAGUGGAGAUUAGUGUACAAAGGACCCGAAUUAUACUGCAGCAUCACACUCUGUAAAUAUGACGGAGGAUUAGAGCCACGUUAAAGAAAAAAAUGUUAGAUUUUAAGUUAGAUGAGUCAUAUUAUUACAAUAAUAAAUUCGUAAUUUCAAGAAUAUAGUCGGAAUAUUAUGAGAAAUUAGUAGGAAUAUUUUGAGAAUGAAGUUGUAGUUUUACAAGAAAAAAAGUCAUAAUUUUAUGAGAAUAAAGCUGUAAUAUUACAGGAAUAAAGUCUGAAUUUUACAAGAAAGAGGUCGAAAUUUUUCAAUUUAAAGUCAUAUUUUUAUGAAUAGGGAUGUUAUUUAACAGAAAUAAACAUAUUACCAGCAAACUAUAAAAAAAGUCACAACAGGAAACCUGUUGACCUGAACUCUCGCCUGUUUUAUGGUUUGCUGGCAAUAUCUUUAUUUCUAUUAUGUAAUAUCCCCUUUCUCGUAAAAAUCUGACGUUAUUCUUGAAAAUCACAACUUUUUUUCUCAUAUAAUUACAACUUUAUAACUCCAUGCUCAUAAAAUUACAAACUUUUUCUAGUAAAAUUGCAACUUUUUUCUUGGUACACUAUGACUUUAUUCUCAUUAUAUUACAACUUUUCUCUCAUAUUAUUACAACUUGAUUCUCCAAAUCUUAAAAAACAAGAGUUUUCCUCAAUGUGGCCCUAAAACUCUGUUGUAUUAAAUAAUGGCUAGUGCACUGUCUGUAUUUAUUUGUACAUAAAUAUAAAGUAUCUAGGUAUCUAAUUAUGUAUUUUAAGAAAAACAGAUGUGUGAGAAAUAUUGCAGAGCACUCAUAAUGUCUCAGAGAAUCCAGCCGCUUCCAAACGUUUGGAAACCAAAUUGGUUGUGAAUUUUCUUUUAGGGCAACAUGUUUUUCUUUGUCAGGUGGAAAACUUGUUGUGCUGACGUGUAUUAAAUAUUCACUGUUGUUUCAUUAGCCGAAAAACUGGGUUUUUAAAUUGUCAUCUUUGUGGUUAUUGCUUUUUCCUCCUGUUUUAUUGUUUGAAAAUGUCAUGCAAAAUGUAGUUAGCGUAACCGUUGGCUAAUUUUUUUUUAAACAAUUAGAUAAUAUAAAAAAUGGUACCAUGAAGUUAUGCUGCACUUUGCAGGUUUUCGGGCUCCAAAUUGUACUUUCUGCACAUCAUGUGGUGUGAAAGUUUGCGAUGACACUUUAUUUUUCCAUAUUUUUUCUUCUCCUUUUAAUAGAAACAAGUAUGAGAAGUUCUGUUAGAAAAUAUUAUAUUGUAAAUAGCACUGUCAAUAUAUGAAAUAUAAAAAUAUAGAAAUAUAAUUUAGAAAGUUUUGCACAUUUUAAGAUGAUAUUUGAGCUGCAAAGAUGCUCUGUAGAUGAAAUGUGUUGUCAUUUAUCUCACUUUGUUUGCACUGUCUCCAGCUAUGCACUCGAUAAUCAUAUCAAUAAACCUGAAAUUAUAUUGAAAAUA